UGGUGUGUCCAGCAGCCAUCAGAAUAUUGGGUAUGGUGUGCCCAACAGCCAUCAGAAUUAUGGGUAUGGUGUGCCGAGCAGCCAGCAGAAUGGCAGGUAUGAAGCGCACUCUGGCCGUCUUGGCAGCCUUGAUGCCCUGAACUUCAGCGCCAGUGGAAGAGGUUCUUCUAGAGAAGAUGGAUUGCCCAGUCUUAUGGACUUAAGUUUUGAUACUGGUCAGAGACGUCCACGUGGAAGAAGCCAUGCUCGGGGAAGAGGCAACUGGAAACAACAAGAAUUUGGUGGGAGAGGACGCCCUCAAACACAUCAGGAGAACAACAACGGCGACAGAGACGAAGAAAGGGAACACACGGUAUGUCACAAUGCAAAGAGACUUUAUCCUGUUGGAAUCAAUGUUCUGAAAGGGUGGACUACUCAGCCACCAGAUCUGGUCAUCCACUCACUGCUAAGUGACAGGUCUGGAGUGCCUCAACUGUUGGCUGAGCCGAAAAUCCCUGAUGAUAAAUUAGUUCUUUUCAUCAAGGUGCUCGCCAGAGCCUCCACUUGCACCAGUUGUCGGCAGAGUCUGAUUGAAAUUUUCACAAUGAUAUUCACUGAGGAUUUUGUGAAUAAGCUCGUUACAUUUCACAUUUCAUUGAUGACAAGCCAGAGGACGGACGUGAAAAGCUUCCUUGAAGAUCAACUACAAUUACUGAAAGUACUGAAAAAAACUCUCAUUAACCAAGCCAAGGAGAUGCUGCCUACUUUACUGCAAACUGUCAUGCUCGUCAUUCCUAAGCUGAAAAAUCAAUCCGAGUUAAACGAGCUAAUGACUGAGUAUGAGCAGCUCCUGGCAUUGCUCCUCGAGAGUCAGAAGCCGGGGCCUGACGUCGGCGAGCGGAAGCGACGUCCUUUUGCUGAUCGCCUCGCAGACCUCGAUGAUCUGGAACCUGAGGACGACUACAGGGACAUACCCAUUGAGCCUACCGACGAUGAGCUGCUGCAGCUCGAAGCUCCUCUCAUAAGGAGGAAUAUCACUGAGGGGGCCUACAGAGAUGUGCACAAUUAUCUCGAUGUGCAGUUUAGGCUUCUACGCGAAGACUUCAUUCGCCCCCUGCGUGAAGGCAUCCGCCAAGUGAAAUCUGGUCUGAAGGGGGUAAAGGAUGUUCGAGUGUAUCGGAAAGUCAAAUUUCAGGAUACCCAGAUUGUGCGUGGUAAACUUGUGCAUUUUGUGAAGCUCAAUUUCCCAAAGAAUUUCAAAGUCGAAUUCUCAAAGCGACUGCUGUUUGGCAACGUAAUGUGCUUCAGUGCCAAUAAAUUUGCCUCUUCAUUUCUGGCAACCGUUGCAGGCCAUGACCCUGACAAACUGAAGCAGGGAAUUGUUGGCGUAAAGCUGCUUACAGUGUCAAAACUCGACGCUAGUCUUGAGUACACAGCUGUUGAGUCGAGGACUUUCUUCAUCGCGUACAAGCACGUGCUCAGAGCUCUUCAAUUCAUGGACGAAAAUACCCUCCCGCUUGUUGAGCACAUUGUCUUCGCUGAAAAAACUGUCCAACCUCCUCAGUAUGUGAUGAACGCGGCCAAUGUGCACUACGAUCUGCGCGUUGUUCUGCAAAACAACUACAUGAAAGCUCAGGAUAAAGCUGAUAUUUUCCCGAAAUCAAACACCAUUCCACCACCAAACGAUCGGCCGGAUCUUCAGCACAUUCCCAUAACGAACGCUGAGGUAGAUGUGUGGCCGAGAUCGUCCGACUUUGGUCUGGAUCGAUCCCAACGCAAAGCACUGCACUCAGCGCUCACAAAACGGCUGGUUGUGAUUCAAGGCCCACCAGGAACCGGCAAAACUUAUUUAGGUUUGAAAAUCACGCAAGUUCUGCUUCACAAUUCGCAGGCAUGGUCUAGGAAAGAAACUGAAUUCCGAAUAGUCCGUGGGCAUCAAAAUCGAAGGCUGGUGCAAACAGACGAUGUAGACGUGUCAUCGCCCAUUCUCGUCAUUUGCUACACAAACCACGCCCUGGAUCAGUUUUUGGAAGGCAUGCUCAACUUCACUAAUAGAAUCAUCCGCAUUGGCAGCAGAAGCAAGAGUGAACGCAUCCAGAGCUACCAAAUCAAUGAGUUUCUUUUAAAAUUGAAGAAGCAACGCAUACUCCCUCCAAACAUCCAUCAUGCCAAGUCUGAUGUGCACAAUAAAGUCCUUGCUGCCGAAGCGAAGCUGAAAAGUCAAUAUGCGCAACUGCAAGAAGUUGUCCGUGAUUUAGGACUUCUUAGCUUUGGCUUGCUCAAUUUGUACGGCGUCAUCCCUUCCAGCAUCGUAAGCAAGUUGGAACGCGGUCAACUUUACCGCUCCUGGAUGCUGCCAAUCGAUCAAAUGUGGUGCAUGAACCUAAAGUAUGAUCCUCGCCAGGUUUGGUCAAAGCCUGUGCAAGUGCAUGGCGAUCCUAAACUGGAAUCUUCAGCCGCAGAUGACAAAGAAGACGACGAAGAAUGGCAUGAUGCUUUGGAAAUGCUGAGGGAGGCUGAGAAUGAGCGCAUCAUUGAUGUUGAGGAAGAUGACCUCCCAACUGGAACUGCUUUGAUUUUACCUCGAGUAAAAUCAUAUGAAUUUGAGAGAAUCAAUCCUAUAGAGUUUGAAACCUCACUAUUUCGUCAUUUAAAAGCUGGCCUCAUAACAAAAGAGGCUUGUGAGAUCACCUUGAAGAAAUUCUACAAAGAGCAGCGAAUUUUAGGCGAACUUCUUCAUUUUACGUCUUCAACAGAUGUCUCAUCCGUGGCUAAUGCGACCAUCAAUGAAGAUUUCGACAUCUUUCAGUUGGCUUACAAUGAUCGGUGCUUGCUUUAUUGCCUAUGGAGGCACAAGCUUUUGGCUAAAAUGCGCGAGACCAUCCGCCCUCACGAGGCCAACAUACAGAGGCUCAUGGCGAGGGCGCAAGAGGUGAAGAACUCCGAGUAUCUGCACGUGGCGCGUCAGGCAGACGUUGUGGGCCUCACCACCACGGGAGCUGCGCAGUUCCAGGACGUCGUCCAGGAACUCAAGCCCAGGAUAGUGAUCAUUGAAGAGGCUGCCGAGAUAUUAGAGGCUCACGUCAUAGCUUCUCUCAACGCCAACUGCGAGCACCUCAUCUUGAUCGGCGACCACCAGCAGCUGAAGCCAAGCCCCGCAGUUUACCAGCUUGCCAAGCACUACGGGCUCGACACGUCGCUCUUCGAGCGGAUGAUCAACAACGGAGUCGCGUACGAGACCCUGAAGUAUCAGCACCGCAUGCGUCCUGAGAUUUCAUCUCUCCUGGUCCCUGCCAUCUACCCGGAACUCAAGGAUCAUCCGUCAGUGCAAGGCCGAGAUCACAUUCGGGGGGUCGAGAGGAGCGUCUUCUUUGUGUCUCACCUCGAGAAGGAGCUAGCAGAAACCGAUGAUAACAACAGCCACAGCAACGUCCACGAAGCAGAGUUCAUCGUGCGUCUGGCUCGUCACCUCGUCCUGCAAGGCUACGACCCUGAGCAGAUCACCGUCCUCACGCCCUACUCCGGCCAGUUCUUCCUGCUUCGUAAA